GGGACCUUGACUGUAGUAUAGUCAGGGUAUAGCCAACGUACGUCCAGUGGGCUAACAAAUCGUGGUACACACUGUUCUUCUCUGAAGUGUUAUUGAUACGACAUGCGGAAAGUCAAGAGAAGGACGUUGCGAGAAGUGUGCCUUGAGUCCUCUACUAUUGCUGAGAAAUAACUUCGUUCCUGGUUCUUAUGUUGAUAAGUAAAAGACUGUGCUGUGCAGAAAAUCGAGAGGACAAACUACGACAAGCCGGAUGCUCUAGUGUGUCUGUGUGAGCAGUUUUAGCGAACCUGUGACAGCUUCAGUGUGUCCGUGUGACUGUGAGCCAUGUCUUACUCUCAAACAAUGAAGCUAAGAGCCGAGCCAGUGGACGAGCGGGGUGACCUGAAGGAAAACCCCGUCACCCCCAGAGACCACCCACCGCCGCCUAUCAGACUGGACUCGCUCACCUUUCCAACGGACAGACUGCCUCAGCUGGAUGUGCAGAUUGUCAGCAGACUGCCCGAUGUUGGCAGAGAACAGGCACCCCGCCAACCGGGCAGCACAAACAACCAGAACAUUGACCCCAACCUCCCCCUAGCUGUGAUCCCGGAGAAAAAUCUGUUCAACCUGUGGGCAGAGACGCAGACACAGACAGAACUACACUGGAGUAAGCCCGAGAACGCCGACAAGUUCAACUCAAUCGUCUAUCAGAUCCAGCUAAAAGAAGGAAAUGGCGGCGAGUGGGUGAAUUUGGCGGACAAUCGUCUGCCGCUCUUUAGAAUCUACUUCGUGGAUGGGAAGGCGCUGUUCGGGCGUGUGAAGAUCACCCAGUCCAGUUCCACCACGGUUGUCCAUAUGAGGAUCCGUCCAGUGGGGAUCGUGGAAUCUGGAGGGCGAGAGGAACGAAGGAUCGGACCAUGGUCUGAAAACAUUCUGUUUUCGUUAGAGGCCUCGGCAGACUCGUAGGGUUCUGAAAAUCUGGCGUGUUGAUGUCUAAAGACUUUUUCCAACACCACCGACGCUUUUCAUGCUCUGAUAACUGCAACUGGUGUAUUGGUUAACUUAUCAUUGGCAUCAUAAUCAACCACACAGCAGUGUCGAGGUAGAACGACCCCUAAAUCAUAAAUGAUCUGAAUUGUGUCGGUAGAGGCAUGAAACGUCUAGAUAUAUAUUAUACAAUUAAAAUAAAACCAAAAACUAAUAAAGCCUCAAAACACUCAAACUUAAAUUACCCUCUGCCCUGAGGGAGUGUAGUAAGGCGAACAUUUUUUUUUCUCAUCAAGAUGUAUUUUUGAGCUUCGGGAACAUUAUUCUUGUAAUGUAAGUUUUUAAAAUAAAUGGCGUCGUGAUGUUAAUACUAAUACUCAAGAGUUUCUGACAUUUCACAGAGCUACAACGAAGUGUCCAUCGCCAUAGUCAAAUACGUGACAG